UUCUGCUUGCUGAAAUGGCGCCAAGGAGAAGCACUCCUGCUAUUACUAAUAAGACGAAGAAGAAGGCUAAAUCUCCGCCGUCCGAUCCUCAAGGAAUGUUCUCCGGGAUGGUUGUUCACUUAAUCGAAAGCGGAGUUCAGGCCCGUCGGUUACAGAUUUGGAAGCACAGAUUAGAGCAAUUGGGGGCGAAAAUAGAGGUUGAUUUCUCGAAAAAUGUUACGCAUGUGUUUGCUUUAAACUUAGAUACAUUGAUUCAAAAAGUUGAUCUUGAACUCGUAAAGCGCUUGAAAACGAUAGUUCUCAGUUAUCAGUGGCUUGAAGACAGCUUGAGAGAAGGAAAAAAAGUACUUGAAGAAUCAUAUAUUCUGUCAUUGGAGAGAGGAGGAGGUGACAAGAUAAGCAACACUGCAGAAGAAACUUUCCCCAAACUCUUGAAUGAUGUCCAUUCUGGUGCUAGUGAAACAUUACAGCAAAAAAGGAUCAGAAUUUCACCAAUGGAUCUUGCAGAUACAAAUCUGAAGAACACAGUCAAAUUGGAGGAAAAUGCAGUACCUGAGUCACCUGAUUCUUCAAGUGGUUCAUAUGGCUCUAUGCAUUCUUUAAGUCCCGAAAUCACUGGCCCAUCAAUUGAUGCUCAACACAAGACUGUUUUGACUUCAGACUCAGCCUUGCUUUACAGUCCUCCUGAUUUAAACAGGAAUAUAACUGAGAUAUUUGGGAGGCUUAUAAACAUAUAUAGAGCUCUUGGUGACGAUUGGAGGUCAUUUAGCUAUCACAAAGCCAUUCCUGUGAUUGAAAAGCUGCCUUUCAAAAUUGAGAGUGUGGAACAGGUUAAACACUUACCUGGUAUUGGCAAGUCAAUGCAAGAUCACAUUCAGGAGAUAGUGACAACUGGGAAGUUAUCCAAGUUGGAGCACUUUGAGACGGAUGAAAAGGUAAAGACAAUUAGUUUGUUUGGAGAAAUAUGGGGAAUUGGUCCAGCCACUGCUUUGAAGCUUUAUGAAAAAGGCCACCGAACUUUGGAUGACCUGAAAAAUGAGGAGUCAUUGACAAAUGCACAGAGGUUGGGGUUGAAGUACUUUGAUGAUAUCAGAAAAAGGAUUCCAAGGCAUGAGGUUGAAGAGAUGGGACAUCUUCUAAAGAAAGCUGGAGAUGAUGUUUUGCCUGGGGUAGAAAUUGUUUGUGGAGGAUCUUAUCGACGGGGAAAGGCUUCUUGUGGGGAUUUGGACAUAUUAAUUACUCAUCCUGAUGGUAAAAGUCAUGUAGGCUUUCUCCCACAGUAUGUGAAGCACCUGAAAGACAUGAAGUUCUUGAGAGAAGAUUUGGUCUUUAGUGUUCACAGUGAAGAGGGUACAGAUUCAGGAGUGGACACUUACUUUGGCCUUUGCACUUACCCUGGACGAGAAUUGCGGCACCGCAUAGACUUCAAGGUUUAUCCAAGGGACAUCCAUGCAUUUGGAUUGAUAGCUUGGACGGGGAAUGACGUAUUGAACAGGAGGUUGAGAAUACUGGCAGAAUCCAAGGGUUUCCGAUUGGAUGAUACAGGGUUAUUUCCAGCUACUCGUGGCUCUGGUGGCCAACGGGGUAAAGGUAGUGCCAGUUUGAAACUUCGGACAGAAAAAGAGGUCUUUGAUUUCCUUGGCUUUCCUUGGCUUGAACCGCAUGAAAGAAAUUUAUAACAAACGGGCAGCUCUAUAGAUCCGUGAAUUUCCAGACGCCAGGGUUUGCUUGAUGACUAACGUCCCUGGAAGAGAUGUGCCUGUCAUGCUAGCUUAUAGUUAACUUGGUUGUCCACUCGGGUGAUGAUUAUUCAAAAAAGCUAUGCAGGCGAUCUGAAGGGGACGAAGUUCGCUCCAUAAACUAGUCCUUGGAAUUCUUGAUUCCCUUGGUUUACGUUCUUCAAAGUGGAAAAUUCUUGUGAAUAUAUAUGUAAAUAAUGUGAAUCAUCUCUGUUUGCACAAAUCAAAUUUUGGAAUGUUAACCUAAAGUAUGUAUAUCGAAUC